GCCAUUUUCCCAACACUGUCCCAGAGAGCAGCUGAUCGAUCAAACAAAAAGAAUUUAUACACAAGAAUUGAAGGAAAAAAUGCGCUGCAUUUAGAAAGAGAAAGUAUUUAUUGAUUAGCCCGCGAAAUGGACAAAAAUCUGGAUGAGGUCAAAAGCAUCGUACAAAAAAAGUUCAAUGAAAUCCGGGCGGCACUGCAUAUGCGAGAGAAGCUGCUGCUGCGGCAACUGGAGGUCAUAGCAAACACCCGGAAGCAGCAGCAGCUGGUGAAGGAGAGCACCCAACCGGAGAAGGAGCAAAGUGGCGUGAGGUUCGUCGCUGGCGAGGGAGGCGCCGACGACGAUGACGACGUGGAGGAGAAGCUGCUGACCGCCAUUCGUAGCUACGGUCACUUCCUGCUGGACAACAGUGACAUGCAGCUGGCGCUGCAGGAUUACCGCACCGCGGGCCUGCGGAAUGAGGACUACAUUGAGCCCCUCGACGACCACGAGACGAUGUACAAGUGCCUGCAGGACGGGAAUGUUGCCUACUACGACCUGGAUGAGGACGGUGCCCCGCCAGAGGCCAUAGUUGUGGACUUUUCGCGUAACCGAACUCUGGUAGAGGAAAAUGCCAAGAGGUCCAUCAUAAAUAUCACACUGCAGGAGGCCAAGGAGCUGAUAAGAAAGGCCAAGAUCAAAAGGGAAACCUAUGUGCCGCCAUUGAACCUGGAAGAGUUGGACGAUGAACUGGAGUCUUCCAUUGCUGAGGCCGUCUCGAGUUUGGGUCGCGAAACCUCGGCCAAGUCCAAGGGCAGCGUCCAGGAGCCGCAGAAGAAGACCCGAAAGCAGCGUUUCAAGCCAAAGAUUACCAUUAACAAUUGCAAUGGCACCAUUAAUCUGCGCAACAUUGCCAGCCUGACCAUCAACUGCGCCAACGAAGAGGCCGUGAGCGCGGAGAUACCACUGGCCAAGUCCGCCGAUUCCAGCAUCACCACCGAACCAUCCAACUCGAACUCCACACCCACGACCACCGCCUCCAGUUCGAAUUACUCCAGCAACGCCAGCUCGCGUUCGCAGUCCAAGAAGCAGAAGGUGGCCACCAAGAAACAGGAGCGAAUUGAGCGAGAACCCAGCUCGGAAUCCACUCCCACUCCGGGUCAGAGUCAACGCUACGAGGAGACAGACAUACGCGACGUGACCUGUGACUUUUACAAUCGUCUGCUCAACGAAAUCAAGAAGAGCAUGGUGGAGAAGCCGCGCAGAACCUGUCACCAGGUCUCAGCGGAACCUGUUCAGGCUGUUGCCGCCGAUUCCAGUUGCGAUGCCAACUCCAAUCCCCAGGAAUCGGCACCUUCCAAACAGGAGCCCGUCUCCACUACAACUAUAACGCAGAGCAGCGAGUCCUUGGGUCCCCAGCUACAGCCCGGCAAGCGGCUGAUCCUCAAGAACUUUGAGAAUCUAAAGAUCAUACUUGAGGCCAACAGUGGGGAUGAGGACUCCUUCCAUCCCGUGCAGAUUGAGCAAUGGCUGGCCGAGAUCAUCUCAGAAACUGACCUGGAGCCCAUGCAAAACACGGAUAUCCUGGAGCACAGUCGCAUCCACAGCAGUGAGAGUCCCUAAAAAGUAUGGGAGAUUCCUAAAAAUGAGAUUCCAAACCCAAAUUAUCCUUAAUGCACUCUCAGUAUUUGAUCUUUUUUAUGCUUGUAACUAACUUUUAAUGUUACAAUUUGUAAUUGUAACUUUAUCAUUUUACUUUUUAAAAUUUUAGUUUUUUAAUUUUAAUUUUUAAUUUAAGAUUUAAUUUUAGUUAGCUUCAAAUCCGAACCCCUGAAAGACAUUCUCUUGUUUUUUUAGUUUUUAAACUUGAACCUAUUUGGCGGAAUUUGAAGUAUAGGGUUUUGUAUUCCUUAUAUUUCGUAGAAUCGAAAUUGUUUAGUUAUUUUUUCAUUUAAUUUCCCGGAAUUUGAAGUAUUCAUUUCUAACUUAGUAUUAGAAAUUUUUAAGACCUUUUGUUAAAGGUAAUGUAUUACCUGUGAAAAUCUAUAUAAUCCUAAACAAAAACAAAGCAUUUGUUAUUGUAAACUCAACAGAUUCCUAAGGUUCCAUUUUAAGAAAUUCUUAAACGAUAUAAUAACCCAAAUAAUCUUAAAUUACCAAUCAUUUUCCGCCUAAUUUUAAUCUUUUCCUUAAUGUACUUAAAAAGCAUUUAAGUUUGUGAUUUUUUAUAAUUUCCUUCAAGACUUGAACUUGUACCAAUUUAGCCAAGUAAGCUCUAUCUCUCUCCCAGGCAGUGUGUUCAGUGCUCACCGUAGCCCCAUUUGUAAAUGCAAUCGAAGAGUCCCACAUUAUUAAUUAAAGUGUUAAUUGCCAUUCUCACCUAAAA